AUGUUAACGUAUACUAUUAUAGAAGCUUCGUAUACAAAGGCCUUGUUGGUAAUGGAUAAAAAUGGCUCAUUGUAUUAUGCUUCGCUUGGUAAUGAUGAGAGAGAAUUAAUUUUUGCUCUUAAAUCUGAUUUUAAGAAAUACAACAAAAAGUCCAAGAUUGCAAAUUUGCAAUUUCGAAAAACAAUCUCGGACAAUAUUGCAAUGGAAGAGACAAUAAAUUUAUAUAGAAAUGCAAUUGAAAAUCCUGAACAAAUUGAUAUAAAUCAAUUUAAAAUAAAGUUGUUUAAUCAUACUGAAUUUCAAGAAAAAAUUUGGAAUUUUUUGAUGUAUAAGACUAAACCUCUGAAAACUACAACUUAUGGAGAGAUUGCAAAAUCAUUAGGAUUGACAACAUAUUCAAGUCGUGCAGUUGGAAAUUCAUGUGUCUCUAACAAGAUUGCGCUAGUUAUCCCUUGUCAUAGAGUGGUGGGGAGUACUGGUGCACUUACUGGGUACAAAUGGGGUGUAAAUAUCAAACAAGAAAUACUAUGGAGAGAAAAGUUGGGAAAUCGAACUAAAGUUAAUAAUGCAGAAUAA